AUGCCGCAGGACAAACGACUGAUUGUGACCAAGGCCGUUGUGCACAAGCUGCAGCGGCUAUGCGGGGGCGAGGCGGCCGCUGCAGAGAGCGGCAUCUACAUUGAGUUCAUCGUGCCGACGGUCGUCGUGGCGCAGUGCCCGGAUCUCCUCGGCACCCACAUCUUUCAGCUGCCGAAGCGCACGUACCCCAUGAACGGCCGCACGACGUGCCUCAUCGUUCCCCGCCUCAUCUCCGGCGACGCCAUGAAGAUCAACAAGCGGCACGGGUAUUACGACGCCGUUGUGACGGCGGAGGCUAUCUGCAAGCGCGACGACACAGAGGCCGCACGGCGAGCGGCGCAGGUUGCCAAGACGUUCUCCCACUUCGUGGUGGACGCUCGCAUCGUGUCGAAGCUGCCGCAGUGUAUUCUCGCCGCAGCCGCAGCUGCAAGGCCAGUCCCCUCGCCCUCCCCUGGGCCAGCGUCCGCGCAGGGCGACCGGAAAGGUUCCGCGUCGCGCAAAGCCGCACUCAAAAGCAACGGGGCGAAGUCCGGAGAUGCGGCAGCCGCCUCUGCCACCACCACUCCUGCUGCUGCGCAAGGGUUGUCGGUGAUAAAGGCGUCGCGGCAUUGCAUCACCGCCCUGCACGGACUCGACGACCGCACAAGCCUCACAUUCCGACUCUCGCAGGGUGCAACGGGUGGCGUGUUGCGUGCGAGACAGCAGGGACAGCUGAUGUUCCGUGUUGGUCACGGUGGAAUGACGGCUGGAGACGUGUGCGAGAAUGCGAAGAAUUUCGUUUUUGCGCUUAAGAAGGACUUUCCAACAGUAUGGAAGUACAUCCACGAGUUCAAGAUGACGUCGGACGCGACGGAGCCGAUCCGUUUCAUGGAGGUGCACAUACAGAAGUAA